UAAAACAUCGAGUUUGAUUGAUGGAACGAAAAAUGAUGUUGAAAUACAAUUUUAUACGUUUGCAUGUAAAUAGUAAGCUUGCAUAAUACCAAUUUGUGCGUAGGUUACGUCUAGUUGUUAAAUGAGACUGCGGUAUAGUGUGGUGAUUGUUACUUUCACCUUCGUACGUAGUUGACCAAUACACGUUAUGGGAAUUUCAAUAUUUACAAUAGUCAACCAAUAGCUGAUAGUCAUAUUCAAGUUCAACAUAAGUGGACACUAUAUUUUGCCACGUACUUUUGAGUUAUAUACCGAACCGAGAGCUAAACGCAUAUCGUAAUUGAAGUUGGUUGAUCUUUCAUUUGAAUUAUGUUAAUCAAGGUAGAUUAAUAAAACAGACGAUAAAAAUUAUUCACAAUGGGUAUGCAAACGCAUAUCAAUGAGGACCGGAAUAUGUCAGAAUAUCUGUACAAUCCAGAUAUACUGCAAAAGUUGGAUUUCAGUAAGAGCCCAGCUGUUUUCAAACCAAAAAUCAGUGCAGCAAAUCCAGGUGCAGAAUGGAUGGUAGUGAGACCAUUGCAGCGAGCAGACUUUGACAAAGGGUUCCUACAGUUGCUCAGCCAAUUGACCAGCACUGGCAGCAUCACAAGAAAACAGUUUGAUGAACGUUUCACACAAAUGAAAAUGUCCGGUGGCCAUUAUGUUACGGUGAUUGAGGACACGCGUUCGUCAAAGAUCAUCGGAGCAGCUACACUGACGGUGGAACAGAAAUUCAUUCACAACUGCUCACUUCGUGGUCGCUUAGAAGAUGUUGUAGUAAAUGACACAUACAGAGGGCAACAGUUAGGAAAAUUAAUAGUGGUGACAGUGUCACUGCUGGCCCAGGAGUUGGGCUGCUAUAAGAUGUCACUUGACUGCAAAGACAAGCUGAUCAAGUUCUAUGAGACACUCGGGUACAAGCUUGAGCCUGGUAACUCUAACGCUAUGAAUAUGAGAUUCGAGGAUCCCUCUUGACAAUUAGCCGCUGGGGCGUCCGACCUGCGCUCUAAACUGUAAGUUACGCCACAGCCGAGCAGCUCGCAACAACGUUAUACUCUCACCAGUUCUCACUGAUGAAACAUACACAAAAUAUGUUGGUCAACGUGUUUAGUGUGAAUGUUUCGUCAGUGCGCACUCGCGGUCACUAUUAUCACACUUUCGCUUUCUCUUGUUUCACUCGAUGUAUUUUGUAAAAUUUUCAUAUUACUUUUAACAGCUUUAAAAAAUUUUCAAUUACGAGAUAAAUGAUCUUCUGAUGGUGCUUAAUUAAUUUGAUAACUUUAAACUCUCAUGUUAAAGAAAUUUUUUCGGAGUUGAUGAAGUAAUAGAAAAAAAUGCUUUAUUUCAUAACUGAUUGUUUAGUCAAUUAAAAUUCAUUGGAAAAUCUCCGCUUUACUCCUUAUGUUAACGUUUGUUGCGUUUCCUGCUUAGUUGUGUUUGUAAUAACAGUUGCGGGGUCAAUUUUUCUAUCUAUCAAUAUAUUUGUUGGCCAA